GAGUGAGCGAAGACGCUCCGUUCACGGAAGUAGAAAAAGUUUAUCGGCAAUUGUAUACCCAAUAUCAUACCGACAGAGGAGUUUUAGACACGGAAACAAAGAGAAAAUUUGAGAAAGUUAAGCAAGCUUACGAAAAAUUAUUUAGUUUAGAACAAGAAAGAAAAGGUUGGAGAAAAAAAGGCAAAACCCAGGAAAAAAGGUUGGGUCGCGAUUCUCAUUUGCAAAGUGAAGUUUUAGAAACCAAAAGAGUAGUUAAAGUAACCAAGGGGGGUCGACGAUUUAGUUUUACUAGUUUGUCUUUGUUGAGGGAUGAAGAGGAAAAAAAAGUUUCCUACUCUUACCAAAGAGGCAAAGAAAUGCUUAGUUCUUUCCGGAAAAGUUUACGAGAAGGACAAAGGAAAUUAAUUAGUUAUUGGUCGCGUCCUCCCCGCACUGUUCCGCAUGAUAUUUGA